AUGGGGGCAAAAGAUCUACUCUUCAUCACUCUAAGUCACAAUGUCUCCUUUAUGGGUAAAACAUGGUGGAUGUUGAUGCUGGUUCUCCGUCUGCUCGUCCUCCUGCUGGCCGGCUUCACCCUCUUCAGCGACGAGCAGGAGAGGUUCAUCUGUAACACCAUCCAGCCCGGCUGCUCCAACGUCUGUUUUGACGUUUUUGCCCCGGUGUCCGUCUUCCGUCUCUGGCUCUUCCACCUCCUUCUCCUCUGUCUUCCCCAUGUGCUGUUUGCAACCUACGUCGUGCACAAAGUUUUGUCACAUCCUUAUGUUGGAGGUUGGAGUGGAGGAGGGUCGCCUUUCACCCUUGAGAACUCGAGCUCCUCCAGAGAACUGUCCAUGCACAAAGCCCCGCUUCACGACCUCCCACGCUUCUACUGCUCUUACUUCCUGGUUGUCAUCCUACGGAUACUUCUGGAAGUGGUUUUCGGCGCGGGACAGUUUUUCCUCUUCGGUUUGUCCAUGCCCAAGCGCUUCCUCUGCUACGAGGCCCCCUGCACAUCUGGCGUCGAGUGCUACAUCUCCAGACCGACGGAGAAGACCCUGAUGCUGAACUUCAUGCUGGGCGUGUCCGCCUUGUCCGUCCUGCUGAGUUUGUUUGACCUGGUGAGCUCCGUGAACGCGAUGGUGACCUGGAGGAGGAGAAGGGAGAUGUUGAUGGAGGAGAUGAUUAAAGGGGAGCAGAGCAGUAUGCUAACAACUACAAGUAUGUCUGAGGACAGCGAUGUCCUUUUGACCAGAAGAGUCAGCCCAGGUGAAAGCUCAAAGAACGGCUUCAAAGAUGAAAAACACACUGCUACAGCUGUUUUGCCAGAUGAGGAACCUCUUCAUAUGAACGAGAAUGAUGGAACCACCAAUGACACAGGGCCAGACGCUAAGGUGGAGACGUCUCGGCCGCCGACUCCCAUCAGCGCUCCACUACCAACUCACUUUGUCCUCCACAGCCACCUGAGACCUCCGCUGUCCCCUCGCCCCGACAGAGGACCACAACCCAGGAUGCCAACACCUAUGGGGGUCAAAAAGCUGGACAUGUACACUACAAAUGUGGUGAACUCAGGCCAACAGUGUGAUAGCAGUGAAUCUCCAGACAGGAGGGCGUGGGUGUAG